AUGACAAAUUCCAAGAAGAGUGGAAGCCGUCGUCUGAAGCAGAUGCAGGGGCUGUUGCUUCUUUCACGUUUGGAUUGCACUCCUGCGCGUCGCCACCUCAAGCUGAAGCCGCAGCGCAUGAUGGUCCUGCUUCAGCCACAGCUACUGCAGCUCACGUACUCGUCAUUGGCGGACCAGGACAUGCUGCAGCCUCUGGGACGCAUUGAUCUACGAGAUGCCAAGCUCGAACAGGUCCCAGAUGGCUUUAUCAUCUACGAGGCUGGCAAGGGACUUCACAAGAAGCUCAAGCUGCAAGACAAGGACAAGGCUACAACCGAUGCUUGGUUCUUCGCGGUCUACACUGCCAUCACGGAGUACGAGCGACUCUCGAUCAGCUCAAGCGAAGACGUGGGGCACAAGUUUUCAGCUGUACUAUCAUCCCGAAUGCGCGAUGAGCACACAGAGACGGUGGAGUUUGAGUUAUCAUGUCAGUUGCUUCUGCCUACGCGUCCAAUCGACAAGCCUAGCAUCAAGUGGAAAGUUUGGAAAACAUUUUCGGAGUUUCACGUAUUUGACGAUGAGCUGCGUGUUUCCUACGGUGCGCAUAUGAAGCAAAUUACGUUGCCAAGAGAUCGCAAGCGGGAUUCACUCUUUGGUGGUAUGCGUAAAAAGUCACUGCAGGAGCUGAAAGAGCAGCAGCUUGCUCUCUACGUUGAACAGGUGUUUCAGAUGCCGGUAAUUUCGUCUGCACCUAUACUGGUCGACAAAAUAAAGCAUUUUCUAGGAUUUGACUCCUUUUUCAAGAUAGUGGCGUCUUCGUCGAGCGACAGCGAUGAGAAUAGCAACAAACUCUCAGAAUUGCCUACCAGCGCCAAUCUUCAAUCAGAGUCGUGUCUGUCGAUUUUUGCCGAUGCUGUCGAGGUCAGCGAAGUAUCGCAACCGCCUAAAUCCAAUGAUUCGCAGGGUUUAAGUCAACCUGCUGCUGAGCCGAUGAGCAGCGAGUCUCAUGCGUCCUCUGGUCGAUAUCCGAGUACGAAGUUUGCUGGUGUGCCCCCUGCUUCGCUGAUAAAAAAGAGAUCAACAGCGUUGGGAUACGAUAGUGAGGAGUUCGUGGAUGUUAUUCCCGAAACGGAUCCGAAGGCUGCGAAAAAACUCCACAAAAAGAUCAUCCAGACGGUCUGUGAGCUUGUUGCUAAUGAUGAAGAACGUGUACGAGAUUUUCAGGACCAAACUAAAGAUUUUGGUCGCGAGAAGACGUCUGCUAUGGAAUAUUGUGCUUUCCUCCUUGGAGCAGUUGGUGCUCAGGAGUGUUGCAAGCUCAUCCAGGAGAUGGCGCGACUUCUUCCAAAUGAGGAAAAGAGAGAAGAGCUUAUGCAGGCACGAGCAGCUAUCUGGAGACGAACUCAUAGGCGACACCGCAGGCGAUCUAAACAAUUUUCAGAGAGCAUUGUGAUGGAAAAAGAAAAAAGGGAGCAACAAUUGGUGGAGGUUGUGUCCAGUAGAACGCGCACUAAGUCUGAAAGCUGUAGCACGUUAAACUGGGACUCGGAGCGUGUACGGCCUCUCACGAUUUCGAGAAGAAACUCUAUGGCUGAAAAGCGCAUACCGGCGACGGACAGCGGGUUCUACGCCCGGUCGAAUAAGAGUGUGCCAGCGAGUCCUGCACCGCGUGGACUAGCUGACCCGCGACGCCAUCUCAAUCGGAGAGCUUCGUUCAACACUUUUUUCGGGGAAACAUUACAAACGGGCCCGAUUGAGGAAGAGAACCCGGCUGACAAUGAGUCUGAUGGUGACAGUGACGAUAGUCUUGUUAAUGGACCACGCACUUUGAGCAAGAAUAACAUUCUGACAGAAAGGGAGUUAUCGCUGAGCGAGAACACUUGUAUUGGCAAUCGUUCGGACCUGGGACGUCGCAAGUCUUCAUUUUUGGAUGAAGAGGAUGAAGACGCAAGCACUGACGACGAUGACGAAAAUCAUCACUCUAGCCGUUCUCUCGGUUCUCGUCAUAGCUACCACCGCCAACAUAGCGGAAGUCGUACUGGCAGUUGUGAGAAAAGGGUUGAAAAAGCUAAGUCGUUAUCUCGUGGUGAUCUGACACAAACGCGGUCUCGCCGGAGUUCUUUAUUCAUCGAAGAAAGUGAUGAAGAAUAUAACAGAGACGAAGAAGAAAACAGCUACACGCGAUUUCGGAGGAGCCAACGCCGUGCAAGCCGCAAAUUUGACGAGGAAGCCAAAUUUGGGCCAGCAGCUGAGGAGGUGAACCCCGUGCUGGCGCGUCUGAAGAAGCAAGGGGCUAUAAACUUUAUGAUGCAACUCCACUAA